AACAAAGAUCAAGAAAAUGCAGUUCCUAUUGAUGCCACUUCUAAAUUAUCAAUUUGGUUAAGGAAUAACAUAUAACAGGCGAUGUUGGUUAAAAAUAUUUGAGAGAUUGAGAUUCUUUUGUGGUGAUGAAUUAUCUUCAUCCAAAGCUAACUUCUGCAACUGGGAUCAACCAAAAAUGCCCACAAAAAACUUGACACCAAUGUACAAUGAAUGUUGUUGUUAACUUAGAAAAUCUUAGACCAUACCCUCUAUAUCUUUUUGGAGAAGAAGGAUAUGAUCAUUGGGAAAUCCGGCCACGACUAUCAAGAAUAUUUUGUUAUCGUUUUCGAUGUGCUAUUACUUUUACAAAAGGCCAAUAGGUUUAUAAACAUAACAAGAAAUAACCUACUAUCAAAGCCCGAUUAUUAUGGUCUUUAUCAAAUUGUCAAAGUCAUAGGUAAAUGUGCUUAUAAAAUUAGGGAAGCUGGUGGAAGAAUAUUGAAAUGAACUUUCAACUAAGAUUUGUUGAAAUUGAUCACAUAGGGUUGAUUUCAGCGGUUCUUCCAUAAACCUUCGAUAGCCAGUAAAGAACUCGUAAAAAGUCGGAAGUUGUCAGAGGCCGAAUCUCCACUUGCUUUUGGCACUAAGUAUAUCACUCAAACAUGUGAACUAUGUGGUCAAAGUUUACUCAUUUAAGAAUCUAUACUCUGAAUGUCAAUAUUCCAGGCAAACCCAGUUUUAUUUUUCCUGCUCAGUAGAAAAAAAUUCAUAGUGAAAGUGAGGC